AUGGGGUGUUCAGUAGAACAACAUGUGGUGGGGGACGACAGAGGAUGGGAUCCUGCCUCAGAUUUCAAAGGAUGGGCUUCCCGCAAGAUCUUCCAUGUUGGAGAUAGUCUCUGGUUUGCUUAUGCUUCCUCUCAACAAAGCGUAUUGGAGCUGAAGAGUCGAGAAGAGUUUGAGAAUUGUGAUGUGAGCAAUCCAAUCAAGCUAUAUGAUGGAGGGCUUGAUGUAGUCCCACUCAUUGAAAUGGUUUCAGAUGGGCUUGACAAUGUGGCCAAAGAUUUGGGUUUAGAUUUAUUAUCAGAUGGAAUGGAGCAUUAUAUUGCUGCUUCUGCUAGUGAUGAUUCGAUGGAGGAGGGGGCAAUAAAGGAGGUAAUUGUUGAAGGGCCCACAUCAUCACGAAGGCAAUUAUCUGAUUGCCCUCCAUCAAUUCUCAUAAACCUCACACUCUCCAUUUGUGGCACUAUUAUCACCAUGCUUAUCUACGCCAUGCUUUAG